CUUUUUAAAGAAUACCAUUCACAUGAACACAGUGAAGACUGAAAAUAAUUUGAAGUCAGGGGUGACUGCGGCUAAACAGAUACCUUAUAAAGUGCGUUUGUCCCAUUUAUAUAAGCAUUAUGGUAAAGCAUGGCAUCUUCGUUUUCACUCGUGAAUUACAGUUAGCUAGAAUGUUCUAGCAGCAGCGCGUUCGUGUUUCUCUGUGUAUAAGGGGCGUUAAAAGAAGACGUGCGUGGGUUUAAUCAACAUAGGUUCGUAGAUCUUUUGGAAAGCAUUGUUCGUCAUGGCAGAAAACAGACAGAACAGAAGAUACCCUCCGAACCUACAGGGGGUGCUACACCUGGCAGUAGAAGCUGGUUCUGCCCCAGAGGGUCCUGCUCCUGUUGACCCCAUGUCAGAGGAGAGGAAAGCUUGGCUGGCAGAAGCUCUUUCAGAGGUUUGUAAAGGGCAGAUGGAUGAGGUGGAGCAGGUGAAGCAGUGUUUGGCUGUCCUACGCAAAGAGAGUAUGGAGGAACAGGAGAGUGAAGGCGAGGAGGACAGGGAUGAAGAGGAUGAAGAUCAGCAAGAGUCGGCCUUUGAGAUUCUGUCGGAGUUGUGUGAAAACUUAGAUAAUGCUCGAGAUUUGAUGGUUCUUGGUGGACUGGAAUUGUGUGUUUCCCAGUAUCUCUGUCACGUACAGAGUGGGCUGAGGUGGCGUGCUGCCGAUCUUAUCGCCUGCUGUGCCCAGAAUAUGCCACAGGUGCAGGUGCACUUGCUAAGCCUCGGAGCACUGCCUAAACUACUGCAGUUAACAGACUCAGAUCCCCACCCCACUGUCAGAGUAAAAGCCCUUUACGCUGUCUCGUGUCUGGUUCGUGAGCAGGAGGCGGGCCUCCAAGCUUUCCUUUCACAUGAUGGCUUUUCCGUGUUGAUGAAGGGUAUGCAGUCAGACAACGAGAAGCUCAGAAUGAAGUCUGCUUUUCUUUUGCUGAACCUGCUGACGGCACAUCCUGAGCAAAAGGAAACUGUUGUCUCCAUGGGUAUGGUCCAGCAGCUGGUAUCGGUCCUUCGAACACCUCACUCAUCUUUCCACGAACAUGUGCUUGGCUGCCUCUGCCUUUUGGUUGAAGACUGUCCAAAUGGCCUGAGAGACUGCCGGAAUGCCUCUCUGGGUCUGGAGGAACUACUCAAACAGAGAGCCAGAGAACUCGGUGGAAAGGAAGAAUGUCAGGAAGAACUGGACUUCUGUGAGCGUUUAAGAGUUUUGUGUUUUAGCGGGCAGCAAGUGGACAACGCUGGAAUGGAUCGCUGACCUACAGACUGCUGCACGUUUCGGUCAUUUAUGUUCAACAACCACAGAUGGUUCUCGUUGGUCUUUAUUUUUCAUGUUGCUCAAAAAUAGAAUUUUAUUUUGUAAAUAACUAUGUUGUUCAAAAUACAUCUUGAGGCACUUCUUAUGCUAGUAAAGAGUUUUCACUUUGUCAAAGAUUUAAUUUCACACAGAACAGUUACAGUUCAUCAAGCGGCUCUGACCUGAACAAUGAGGGAAGCUGUAUUUGUUAAUAAGAAAACUGUAAAAAUGUCAGAUUAUUAGUUUUCUCAAAUAAAAUAAAUAGGUGAUAGUGUA